GCUAUUUUUCCCUUUCCAUUGAUUGAAAAGGUCAGCGGUCGACUCGUGACCUCGUUGAAUUGAAAAGAACGGUCCUAGAUGUUCCCCAAGUAGGUCAAGGCAGCGCGCCUCUAUCUUCUUAGGUUCAGCGCCCAUGUUGAUCACUGAAAAAAUUAGACUAAAUUAAAUGGUUCCUAGUUCUUCUGCCCAUAAGAAUCCUGCUGAAGUUGGAUGUUGAUGUUGCUAUCGUCUUCGAAUCGUAAUCGCUGGGUCCAUAGCAUGAGUGAAAUUGGCUCGAUCGUUCUACGAAGUGAAAGGCUGGCGAUUUGAUUCAUGUGAAGUUGAUUUAUUUCUAUUGGUUCUACUCAAUUCCCAGUGAUGAUCUCCUUUGGACCUUCCUCAUUUUCUACUAGGAUCUUUAGGGUUUAUUUGAAGCGAGUUCUUGAGCUAUUAGUAGGCUGAUUCGUGUGGGUCUAUGUGUGUAUUUCCUUUAGAUUAGCCUUAAAAAUGGCCUCGUCCGGCUGGUCCUCGAAGCGUUCCGACCCCAAGCCACGCACCUAGCAGCAGCAGAAUCCGGAUUUCCUCUCCUCCUCCUUAACUAGAAAUCAACAUACUUAUUUACAUCAAAUCAAAUGAGCCAUUUCAUCAAUAUCAAAUUGUGCCUUCAUUCAGGUCCACUGCAGCAGGCUCCAAUUGCCCAUGGCUGUCCCGGCACUUGAAACACGACUGAGUUCUUGGGUUAAGUUCUAGUUUCCCCGAAAUUUUUUUGUACUAGUUGAAAUGUAAUAGUUGCGACCGCCAUAAAGUUCAAUUGGAUUUCAAGUAAAUGUAAAUCCUGACAUAUCGCGCCCGAGUAGCAGCUACCGCUAUACUAACGAUUCGUUCCCCCGCGGGCGGGAGCAUGGUCAAGAGUUUUUUUCUCUGGAAGCGAACCUAAAGAUAAAUCAUAAGCCAUAGAUUGAUCAUAUCAGUUAACUACUUCUCAUGAGUUUCUCCGUCCAAUACAGAAAAUAAUUUCAUCAAUUUCAUACUCAUACAGAGUCGGUCGUGAAUGGUUUCAGUCUCCUCAGUCGGACCGGAGCAUUGGCUAUCGCGGAGCUCGUAGCAGCGGCGGAAGACGAAAAGCUGGCUUUUGCAGACCUUCUGACAAAAGGUGACGUUGAUGGCUGGACAUGUUGCACUGGGUUGUUCGUGAGAAGUUUUCAGAUGUAGCAGACGCACUCCUUCGCGUUGAUAUGCUGCGGUUUCCGGACAGAUCUGGCGCGUUACCAAAAGCGCGUGGGUACUUCAAUGGCGUCAACGCAGAAAACAAUCUCGGGCAGACAACUUUCGAAAUGGCCCUGUUGACGGACCAGUUAGAAAUCGCGAGAAACUGUGCACGAGCUCGAUCUUUCGCAUUACCGAUUGCGUUUGCGUGGAACAAUAUAGAGAAGAACCUUUCUGAGGCGGCACGCAAGGAGAUGCAGACGAUUCGGUUUUCGAAGGCUGCGACGUUUGCUGAGUGCCGCAAUGCACUUGAACCUGCGGAUUUCGACCGUGCAAGGCUGAAUGGUACCGGUGGACUGAAUUAUUUCGGAUUUCGGAACUUCAAUUGGCUACCGAUAAAGUUUUUGCUACAAGACUCAUUGUAUCUCCGCGACAACUUCGAUUGGAACCAGGCACGGACAUCGUAUUCCAACGCGGACAAAGCAAAGAUCGGUGUGUAUUCCGUGCUUCUUCUUGCGGUAGAAGAUCAAGAAUAUGAUGUGAUAGAGCAUUUGGCGCGUAUGGGCAAGAAAGUUACAACCUUUGAAAAAUCAAAAGGAUUUGACGGUUCAACAGUCGUUCACGCGGCCGUGAAAAGGAAGGACAAGAGAGCGCUCGAAACGCUGUUCCGGUUCCCGCAGCACCGAACCAUUCUCGAGGCAAAAAAUGAUGUCGGAAAAACUGCAACCCAACUCGCGCGCUCGCUCGGGGCGCACGAGCUGGCGGGAAUGCUUGAAAAGAAAACUUGCGCUGUGAAGCUGAAGGACACCAAUGACGUAAAUGAGGUGGAAAAGCUUCUGGAUGAAUGCAUACCAGAUAGAAAUUCUAGGAAUUCAUAUGCUUGCCCGGUCUUCUUAGUCUCAUCAUUAACGCACGCACUCAUUCCCUGCGGACACCAGCUUUGCGAGGAGUGCCUGAAAACCUUGGAGCAUCGCAGCGGCUUCGGGCUGAAGCGAAGGCGCUGCCACGUCUGCACGCAAACUUACUUACACCAAAUCACUGAAGUUAUGCUACAGCUAAAGACUACAACUACUGGAAUUUUGAUUAUCAACAUUAUGAUCACGCUGGCGAGGCGAGUCGAGCGUGGCUUCCCCGGUGAGAGGUAUUUCACUGGAAGAUGGUCUGGAAAGAGAGUAUACCAAAUAUGACGCACAGUUGAAGCUGGUAAAUAAUUUGAUGAAAUAUAUGAAGAUGCACACGCAUUGUGGAAUUUCUUAAGGUGCGUUUAUCAUGUACCUUGCUGUUUGCUGGUCAUCAUCAUAGCGGAUUUCAUUAAAGUGUUAUGAUAGACCGAAGAUGAGAUAGAUUAGAAUCUUAUGUUUCACUGUCAGACAAGGAGUUUGUGCUUGAUACAUGUGUACAUAUUUACUAAUCGCUGUAACAAUCUCUGAAAUUAAGCGCAACGAGAAUGAUAGGUAACAACAUCAACAUUUGUCUAUCCUAGUAGUGAAAAAUCGACGUCGCCGUCUUGUCACAUGAAAAGAGUUUGAAUUUCGGGCUGAUUUUCAUUCGAUGUGUGAGAUGAUGUCUCAUCAGUAUCUGAUAGCUUUAUCCGCGACAGUUUGAUGAACUGGUCUUCUAUUAAGAAUCUGUUACGGUCAAUCCAUUUCCGUGUCUGCUUCUCAAAGAAGCAUCAUUUGACUGAUGAGAAAGAGCAUAUGGAUGAAGAGUCGUAAAUCUUAAUGUAUGAAUUCUUGUGAAAAAUUCAUGCUGGUGUUUCAAAAUGUGAUGUACUUGAGUAACUGUAGUGUCAAGUUAAAUUUAUAGAUGGCACCUCAGCGGGUGAAGCGUAAAUGAAUUCAAUUUCUAUUCCAUUAGAGCAUGUAGGCAUGUUCGUAAGCAUCCUGCGCGAUGUUGGCAACUAUUGACAUUGGACUGUCGACAUCUGAUGCAGAAGGAAACUUUUAGAACGUUAUGGAUCAAGAGGAUCGAAGGAUGUCAUGUUGAUCCGGUUUGGUUGCAUCUGUCUGGUAUAAUCUGCGAGGUCAUAGUUAAUCGAUGAAAUAGAAUGAGGAAUCGAAUCUGGAAGGGAUCACCUCGAGAAGACAGG